ACAAGGAUUUCCCCUGUAUUCCCUAACGUUUUCAGCGUUUUACCGACCCCCGUUCUUAAUUACCGGCACUUUUCCCGAUUUCAAGAGGGUAAAUCAUCUAUUUUAUCAAUUCUUAUUCAGAAUAUUAAAUUGCCUAAAAAAACAUUAGACUGUAAUUUUUAAAUUUUGGUUAAGAUUCGAUUUCGUAAGGGCAUUGAUACAGGUGUGAUGAUGAAUUCCGUUAUCCUCCUAUUUUUUAUACCGCUAUAUGAUAAAUUGAUAAUUAAUAGAGUAUUUAGCAAGAUAUUAUUAAUCAAAGCACGACGAUUUGUAAAGUACGCCGCGGUCAUUUUGAUAACGCUUUUCUUAGCGACAUCUAGUGGAGGCAAUUGUUGUGAAAUCGUCAGUGAAAGUCGUUAAAUUGUUUCAGUUUAAAUCUCUAAAAAAUGGCUCCAAUGAAACCGGGAACAGCGCGAGUGCGAUCAUCACCUCUUGAUAAAAAUAGUCAGGAAUACCGAGAGGGUCGUGAAAAGAACAAUAUUGCCGUUAGAAAAAGCAGAAUGAAAAGUCGCUUAAAGCAAUUAGAAACAAAUCAGCUGGUGGAAGAAUUAAAAAAAGAAAAUGCAGAAUUAAAAGAAAGAGUUAAUCUGUUAUCUAAAGAAUUGGGGGUUUUAAAAGAUUUGUUCAUCACUUAUGCAGAGGACAAAUCUUGACGAAAAUUUAAUGUUAUGACGACUUUAGUGGAUCAUUUUUUGUAGAUUUCAAUAUUUAUAACUUGCUUACAGAGUUGUUUCAGUUUGUCUUUAUCUUUUAAUAAAAUUUUCAAAACUUUUCAAUUUA